AUGACAAAACACACAGAUCUCUUUUGUUUUGUCAUUGAAACCACCUAUUAUCCUAUUAGAAGACAACUUUCCAUUCAGAAUACUAGUGGCUUCCAUUUCACCAUCCACCUUCCACCAUCCACCUACCUGCCAUCCACCUUCCACCAUCCACCUACCACCAUCCACCUACCACCAUCCACCUACCACCAUCUACCUACCACCAUCCACCUACCACCAUCCACCUUCCACCAUCCACCUACCACCAUCCACCUACCACCAUCCACCUACCACCAUCUACCUACCACCAUCCACCUACCACCAUCUACCUACCACCAUCCACCUACCACCAUCUACCUACCACAAUCCACCAUCUACCUACCACCAUCCACCUACCACCAUCCACCUACCACCAUCUACCUACCACCAUCCACCUACCACCAUCUACCUACCACCAUCCACCUACCACCAUCUACCUACCACCAUCCACCUACCACCAUCUACCUACCACCAUCCACCUACCACCAUCUACCUACCACCAUCCACCUACCUGCCAUCCACCUACCUGCCAUCCACCUACCACCAUCCACCUUCCACCAUCCAUCUACCACCAUCCACCUACCUGCCAUCCACCUACCUGCCAUCCACCUACCACCAUCCACCUACCUGCCAUCCACCUACCACCAUCUACCUACCACCAUCCACCUACCACCAUCCACCUACCUGCCAUCCACCUACCUGCCAUCCACCUACCACCAUCCACCUACCUGCCAUCCACCUACCACCAUCUACCUACCACCAUCCACCUACCUGCCAUCUCCUUACCACCAUCCACCUACCACCAUCUACCUACCACAAUCCACCAUCUACCUACCACCAUCCACCUACCACCAUCCACCUACCACCAUCUACCUACCACCAUCCACCUACCACCAUCCACCUACCUGCCAUCCACCUACCACCAUCCACCUACCACCAUCCACCUACCUGCCAUCCACCUACCGCCAUCCACGUACCACCAUCCACCUACCACCAUCCACCUACCACCAUCCACGUACCACCAUCUACCUACCGCCAUCCACGUACCACCAUCCACCUACCACCAUCCACCUACCACCAUCUACCUACCACCAUCCACCUACCACCAUCUACCUACCACAAUCCACCAUCUACCUACCACCAUCCACCUACCACCAUCUACCUACCACAAUCCACCAUCUACCUACCACCAUCUACCUACCACCAUCUACCUACCACCAUCCACCUACUGUACCACCAUCCACCUACCUGCCAUCCACCUACCUGCCAUCCACCUACCACCAUCCACCUACCUGCCAUCCACCUACCACCAUCUACCUACCACCAUCCACCUACCACCAUCCACCUACCUGCCAUCUACCUACCACCAUCCACCUACCACCAUCUACCUACCACAAUCCACCAUCUACCUACCACCAUCCACCUACCACCAUCCACCUACCACCAUCCACCUACCACCAUCCACCUACCUGCCAUCCACCUACCUGCCAUCCACCUACCACCAUCCACCUACCACCAUCCACCUACCACCAUCCACGUACCACCAUCCACCUACCACCAUCCACCUACCACCAUCUACCUACCACCAUCUACCUACCACCAUCCACCUACCACCAUCCACCUACCACAAUCCACCAUCUACCUACCACCAUCUACCUACCACCAUCUACCUACCACCAUCCACCUACCACCAUCCACCUACCUGCCAUCCACCUACCACCAUCCACCUACCACCAUCCACCUACCACCAUCCACCUACCUGCCAUCCACCUACCUGCCAUCCACCUACCUGCCAUCUACCUACCACCAUCCACCUACCACCAUCUACCUACCACCAUCCACCUACCACCAUCCACCUACCACCAUCCACCUACCACCAUUCACCUACCACCAUCUACCUACCACCAUCCACCUACCACCAUCCACCUACCUGCCAUCCCCACCUACCACCAUCCACCUACCACCAUCCACCUACCACCAUCCACCUACCUGCCAUCCACCUACCUGCCAUCCACCUACCUGCCAUCUACCUACCACCAUCCACCUACCACCAUCUACCUACCACCAUCCACCUACCACCAUCCACCUACCACCAUCCACCUACCACCAUUCACCUACCACCAUCUACCUACCACCAUCCACCUACCACCAUCCACCUACCUGCCAUCCACCUACCACCAUCUACCUACCUGCCAUCCACCUACCACCAUCCACCUACCACCAUCCACCUACCUGCCAUCCACCUACCACCAUCCACCUACCUGCCAUCCACCUACCACCAUCCACGUACCACCAUCCACCUACCACCAUCCACCUACCUGCCAUCCACCUACCACCAUCCACCUACCUGCCAUCCACCUACCGCCAUCCACGUACCACCAUCCACCUACCACCAUCCACCUAUCACAAACCACCUACCACCAUACACCUGACACCAUCUACUCUUUUUUGGCCCAAACGUAUGUGCCUGACGUUUCUUUUUUUCCAGUCUUGCUACAUCCAUAG